CGUGACUAUGGUUGCCCAAAUGGUAUUCGUUUUAAACAUGGCGGUGUCAACACGAUGCUGCGUUGGUGUUGCCGCAAGAUGCACAUGGUUAUUGUUUGUUUACUUGUGGUGAAGAUCAAUCCUUUUUAUUUUUUCCAUAAAAUAAGUACUGACUGACAAAUAUACCUACGUCUCUUCUACAAAAAUAAUUUGGUUGUCCUAAAAAUCAAUAGCAUGGUAAGAAUUUUAUUAGACAUGUUUGUAUUGGUUUGCUUGUAGGAGGCAUACAUUUGUUCUGUCUGCAAUGAGACUACAGGCAAGACCAUUGCCUCUGCUAGACAUCAUAUUUGUAUGAACGGACAUGAAAAUGUAUGGAUUUUGGACAAAUAGGUAUGUGUAUCCAUACGAUCCUACCGCUUCCGAGACCAGUUCAUAUGUAGAAACGGAAGAAAUGCUUACGCAGCAAUCGGACGAAGUGUUUACUGAACAAACUGAUAUCUGUGGUGCUUCUACUUCAAAUGUCGAGGACGAGAAUGUAGUGCCAAUACUAUGGCCUGUUCCAGCAAAAAAGCUUCUAAUAGAAUUGUAUCCAAAAUUUGCCAAAAGAUUUUCUGAUCGACUUAUUAUCUCGAAGGAGCAGAUGUUUGCAAAACUUGCAGCUGAAAUGGCACAAUUUGGGUAUAAGUAUACAACAACUCAGGUUAAGUACAGAUGGCGGUGUUUCGAGCGGUCUUAUAAAAAUUUUAUAAAACAUACAAAAGCAACAGGACGAGAAUAUAAAAAAUUGGAAUUUUAUGACGAGCUACAUGACAUUUUCCAUAACGAACCACGAUUUCAUCCAGAAAUUGUUACAUCAAGUGUAAUCACAGUAACAAAAGAAAUUUCAAAAGAAAAUGUACCGCCGGUAGAAGAGACAUUACUGCCACAAGAGCAGCAUGAAACUACAAGAAAUGAGACAAACACUGCAGAUGUCGCAUCAGACAAACCAGCCAGUGCCAAAAGGGAACAAAGUACUCGUAAGGAGGGGUACAAACCCACUUCCUCUGUUCUCCAACAAUUACACAUGGAGAUGAAACGAAAAAACAACUUGACCGAAAAGAAAUUAGUAAUAGAACAGGAAAGAAACACAUUACUGGAACGCAAAUUAAAUUUACUCGAAAAGUAUUUAGAUAACAAAUGAA